AUGUCUGGUACUGGCACAUUCCCACCCAACUAUCUACUUUCUGACCAGCUUGUGGAGUAUGUGCAUUACCAAGUUCUCCAUGAGAUGCAUCCUUGCACUGUCACUGUCCUGCCACAACCUCUCAAACUCAAGGUCCAGACAUGUAUUGCACUCAAUCAAAUGGCAGCAACACUGGCCCAGGCCUAUUGUAAUCCCUUUCCCUCUGGCAUUGAAUUAAUCAGGCUGUCAGAAAGCCUAUCACCUCAAGAAACAGGUUUCAAUUUGAACUGGGAGGCCCACAUCCUUUCUGCUCACCCACCAUAUCUGAGUGGGUAUUUGGAUGUUCCUGCAAUCAUUCUGGGUGAAGGGGAUGCAAUUGCUUUGUGGUAUCUACCCAGUGCAAUGUCUCAAUCAAUGCAGGACCAGAUGGUGGGAGCUAUUCCCCCACUUUCCAAUAUGUUGACUCAAAGCAUAUCUGAUGGUUCCUGGAAAACAUCACCCAAUUACUUUCCAGUGGAUCACCAUUUGCCAGCAGACUGCUUAGAGCUUUCACCAGCCUGGCAUCAACUUGGUCAUGCUACACUGGCACACCAGCCUUCCAUAUCUGCUGACCUUGCAGCUCCAGCUGCUUGGCAAUGGAUCCAUGCUGUCUGA